CAGACACCCACAGCAUCCCUGAUCUGAGGGAAUCUGAUGGAGGACAAGCCAGUGAAGCAAAGCAGGAGAGAGAGAACAACUUAAGGAAGAUUUAAUCAAGUAUCCGAGGAGUAAAAGUGCAAAGAGAAGAGUUGAAGUUAGAGAUUUAAAAGCGUUUUGGAGAGUCCGGAAACCAGCACUGAACCAUGAGUACCUUGGGGUAUGGCAGGGAGCUGAAGAAGUACGAGGAGGUGGACGAAGACGAGCUGUUGGCCACGCUGUCCUCCGAGGAGCUCCAGGAGCUGGAGAGAGAGCUGGCCGACCUCGACCCCGACAACAACGUCCCCAUCGGCCUGAGGCAGAAAGACCAGACCGCCAAAACCCCGACGGGGAACUUUGACAGGGACGCUCUGCUGAAGUACUGGGAGGAGGAGAACAAGAAGCUGCAGGAGGACGAGAAGGUGGAGUCCAACGUUGUACAGGAAGGGCGGCCAGAUAAGAGCAGGGAGGAACGAGUGUCAGCGACCGGCAGCAACACCGGCAAGACUCUGGGCAGUGACAGGAAGAAGGUUUCAAAUAAGGAGAAGAAAGCACAGAGUGUUUCUGGGAAAAACGACGCAAAGGUAAACGAGGCAGAAAAGAAAGACGAGUGUAAAAAGGAAGCUCCGAUCAGGAGUAAAUGUCCCCAGAGGAACGGCGUCUCAAAAGGCUCGAGGAGUGAAGUGAGGAGGACUGAAACCACAGACCAAAACCUGAACACGACCUCUGACCGAGCGAGCGGCAACCCCAUCGUCAUCGACACAGCUCUGGAGCAGAUUCUGGGUGACGAUCCCGCCACGAACGAAGUCAACCUCAACAACAUUGAAGACAUCUCCCAGGAGACCUUGCUUCGUUUUGCCGAGGCCCUGUGCACAAACACUCACGUGCACAUGUUCAGUCUCGCCAACACCCACGCCGAUGACCGGGUCGCCUUUGCCAUCUCCAAGAUGCUCCGUGAAAACUGCUCCAUCAGAAACCUGAACAUCGAGUCCAACUUCGUGUCGGGUCAAGGCAUCCUGGCUCUGCUGGCGGCGCUGCAGCACAACAGGACGCUGGUGGAGCUUCGCUUCCACAACCAGCGGCACAUCUGCGGGGGUAAGGUGGAGAUGGAGAUGGUCCAGCUGCUGAGGGAGAACACCACUCUGCUCAAGCUCGGCUACCAGUUCGACCUCCCAGGUCCCAGGAUGACAGCGACUGGCAUCCUGACACGCAACCAGGACCAACAGCGACAGAGGAGGCUUCAACAGAAGAAGGAACAGAGUCCUCCAGAGGUAUCGGGGCAAGUUCCUGCUUCAACUGCAGAAAAAAGACCAUCAAAAAAGCUGCCGCAAUCUUCAAAGACUGUUGAAAAGCAGAACAGAAAUCCUCCUCCUCCUCCUCCUCCUCCUCCAUCCCAUGACCCGCCCACGAGGAAGAUCGCCGAAAUGGUCAAACAGCACGAAAGCUCAAACAGCACGAAGGGUCAGUCGAACCAGAGGAAACCAAGGUCAAAGAAGCUGAAGAACGGCGCCAACGAGAAGGAGAGCGCUGACAUUCUCAAAGACCUGAAGAACGGCUUGAAACCGUCGCUGCAGAAGAAACGAGAGGAACCGGCCCACCUGCCGCCGCCGCAGAGGUCGAGCCGCGACGACCUGAUGGCGGCGAUUCGCGGAAGCAGCAUCAGGUCCUUAAAAAGGGUGGAUCAGUCACAGACCUGAACCCCCCCCCCCCCCCCCCCC